AACCACAUACGCAUACACACACAUAAAUGUAUUGUUAUUGUCGCAAUUGAUGUUAAUUUAUAGCAUGCCGGUUGGCUGGGUAUAUGUAACCUGACGACGAUGUUUAAAUCAGAGCGAAAACAAAGCGCGCGUCGCACACUUGCUACAAGCGCAGCCGCUGCUGGUCAAAUGUCAUUGUGCCGAGCCUGUUUGGUACUGCUGAGCGCAGAGGAGCCCACCUACGAUUUGUACCAGGAAAAGGAUUUGGCCGCCAAGUUCAUAGGUUGCAUGCGUGCCGGCGAUGGGCUGCGAUUCUUGGGCGCUCCACUGGACAAGGAAGUGAGCCCACAAAUUGUGCUGCGAUGCAUCUGCGAUAGCUGCUACCAAUUAGUGCAGCGAUUCUAUGGUUUUCAACGUAUGUGCGAGGAGUCCUUUGCGAAUUUUGAAAAACUCUUAGCGGAAGUCAGCUCGAAGACCAGCUACAACCAGAGAGAAAAGCAUCCAACGGAGACGAUAAAAGUCGCAUUGCCAAGCCCUGCGGAAAUUGAUUUGCAUACAAAAGGCGAGAAAUCAAUUGUUCAGGCUCGGCCUGUGGAGGCGUCCGUCUUAACGUCUGCCGAGUCAAUUGAAGAUAUUGAAGAAGUCUAUAUAAUCGAAGAUGAUGCGGCAAAAGAGAUUCUGGGCAGGGAACGGAUUGUCAAAUCCGCUCAGCCAGGCUACACGAAACGCCCUUUAGGACUUCGCCAUAAAAUAGAAUGCAAUAUUUGUGGUUGUGGGUUCUAUAAGAUGUCCCUUUACGAGGCGCACAUGCAGAAGCAUCAAGGCAAGCAGCCCUACAGCUGUACGGUCAACAACUGCGGCAGGACAUAUGCGCGAGCUAAUUUGCUGGCAGCCCACCUUCGCGAGAAGCACCAAAACAAGCGAGCCUCAUAUGCUUGCACCCACCCCGACUGCAAUAAGGUGUACACUGCGCUGCGCAGCCUCAACUACCAUAUCCGCCGCCAACAUGCAAAACAGAUUGAAGCCAAGAGUCCUAUGCACAUGUGUGAUCAGUGCGGCAAGUCGUAUGGGAGGAAGGCUCUGCUAACACGCCAUCAAUGGGUGCACAGGAGCAAGUGCGAAUAUGCCUUCGCAUGCGAUUUGUGUGAGCAACGCUUCUACACCAAUCAAAAUCUAAAGGAUCACGUCCAGAGACGACAUGGCAAUAAGAAGCAACUGUGGCGCUGCAAACGAUGUGCGCGCAUCUUUCGCUCUCGAGUCACGUUGUCUGCUCACCUGAACAAGCAUUUAAAAUCUUGUAGAUCCUAAGCACCUAGCCAAAUU